AUGCUUCCACAAAGAACCCUGUAGUUAUGUGUCAGCACUGAAGGCCUUUGUAUACUGGACAUUUCAAAUUUAAGAUAAUCCGGGGUUCUUUUGCCUGCCUGGACAUCUCUAAUGGAAAGCACCGAGGAGCAAGGCCCAGUGGAGAUGGCUAGGGUCACUGCGGGUGCAGGUCAACCUACUCGCACCUUUGAAGAUAUUAUGGCUCUGACCAACAACUCGGAGCGUCUGAUGGCCAGUGUCAACUCCAAUCUGGACGCCCUCAACGGAGCUCUGGAUCGGUUGGAAGAGCGCACGGAGCGAGUGCUUCUGGAGCUAAGGCACCUAAUCGAUUCGGAGGACCAAGAAUUCCAUGAUGGGUGCGGAGAUCACAAUUCCAUGGCAUAGGCAAAGGGCCCAAUGGACAAGUUGUGGAUACAAAUUCAAGUAGAAGGAACAGUCGUGCCGAAAAACUUCGCGGGGGCACAAAAUAUCCAUAAAACCAAAGGCCGACAGUGAA